AUGCUCUUCAACGUCGCCGCCAUCGCCUCCCUCCUGGCCGUCGCCAACGCCCGUAUCGUCGGCAUCUCUGUCCCAGAGACCAUCGCCCCCGGCUCUACCGUCUCCGCCACCGUCCUGACUGAGAACUACAUCCAGUCCGUCUACGACGUCGCCAUCGUCUUUGGCUACGCCAACGGCGCCGGCUGGCCCGAGUCUCUCGGCAGCGUCAUUUCCUCCUCCUACCUCGGACCCGACGAGUCCAACGUCACCUACAACAUCACCCGCCACAUCACCAUCCCCGCCAGCGCCCCCAAGGGCGACGCUCUCAUCAGCGCCAGCCUCUACAGCCUCUACGGUGCCACGUAUGGCCCUACCAUUACCAACUUCAACGUCUCUGUCACUAUUGGUGAAUACACCUCCCCCACCUUCAAGUCUAGCACUGCCUAG